UCCUCGCUGGAGGACGAGGACGACGACGUCUCGUCGCUGGAAUCAGCUGCACACAAAUGAUUAUCGUUUCAGAGGUCCUCAAACUAAUGUUCAGAAUGCCCGUCACGCAGAUGAGGCACUCAUUCCAAAGUUAGUUGUCCGAUAUAAGCUUUCUGUGUGUCGACUGGAACGUCCGGAUGGGAAUCAAAGGAGCGGACAGAGGAAGGAAGGGGAGAAAGAGGAUGCUGCUGCGUCUGCACAUGAUAUGAUAGCUGGGCGCAUACCGACGCAUGGUGGUGCCACUCCGCGCCCGCGCCUGCCCUUGGUCCUGCUCUGUCCUCCUGGUCAGUAAGCCACCUCCCGUCACACGCACCGGACCACCGCGCGCCUCGCGACUCGGCCCCGCACAAGGGUGACUCCUUCUAGAAGCUUAUUGUCAUCAUACUUGGACGCACAACGGUCCGAUCCUUCAAAAGCAGCCCCCCGUCACCUUGCGCCUCUUCCUGUUUGAGCUGGACCAGCGCACAUGCCGCGGCAAAUUCCCCCUUCAGCUUCCUCUGGCGUACCGUCUCCACGUCUCGCAGUCAGCCCGUCUAGCCCCCAGCUUGGACGGACCACUACCAUGGAAAUACUAGAACUCUUGCCGACGGCCGCCCUGGAGGAGAGGGUGGCCACACUCCUGAAGAAGUGCGGGCCCUGCAUUGGUUGGGCUCCUCCUCGCCGUCGGCCCUCGCUCCAGCAGGCGACGGGCUCUCUGCUGGAGUGCCGCGUCCAGCCGGGCGCGCGCGUAGACCUGGAGGUGACGGUGUCGGCCGUGCCGCCCUCCGAGCAGCCGGAGUUCGUGUACUGGAUCAACGAGGAGUGCCGCCAGCGCCGAGGAGCGGACCCGAGCGCCCUGUGCGAGCUCGGCCCGUGCGUGUACUUCAGAGAGCAAUUUGCUCUUUUGGAGGAGGCACCCCCUCCUCCACCCUUGACGGUGGGGAGCCCGGUCUUCAUCGCCAAUCUCAGCGAUCGACAAGAGUUCAUCAGGACGGCCAGGGUGCUGCUGAGCCGGGUGAGCCGCCUCCCGCCGGAGACGCCCCCCUCGGGCUGCACGCCGCAGUGGCGGGCGGCGCCGCAAUGCACCUGCCCCGGAGCGCCGACGCCUUGCCAUGCGUCCUGGCUGUCCUUCAGGCUUUUCUACUUGAACUCCUUCCAGUUUUUCAACGCCAAAUAACAUUUACCUAUGACUGCGAUGCUGACACCCGAGACGUGAAAAAGGCAGAAUUGAAGAUCUUCCAUAGCUUAAAUAUAACUGCCCUUUCUCGCUCUCAUAUAAAAAUAAAUAAGUUAAAAUUGAGGAGAAAACUUUGCUUAUGCUUUUUGCUUCCACGUUUACCGUUUCCCUCCGCAAUAUGUAGUGCUUCUUAAUGCAAAACAAGUUAACAUAAUCUUUAGAAUAGUAAUAUCCUUCAAAUGCAAUAAUUUUUUAGAGUACAAGCGGCAAAGUUAUGAAAUAGACUUCAGCUGGAUAACUAUUUUGACCAAUCAAUAUUUGUCUUCAAAACAGGAAUUGAGGCAAUAAAUCUGCGACCGUAACCGUAAACCGUUAUCAUGUUUCUCUGUGCCUGUUGUAUUGUGCUAGCUUAAGAUACCAACUCUGUACAUAGGUAAAAAAUUACCUGCUCGAGCAGGUCUACAUUUGUAGCGGGACUCUGUACUCCUUUUAAUGUUUACAAUAAACUCCUCAAUCAAUCAA